GGCUUUUAAAAAUACAUUCCUUUCUCUUUUUCUUUUCAUUUUUUUUUCUUUUGAUUAUUAUUAUUUAACAACAUGUCAGAUAGUGAAAAGGAUAUUCAAGUACAUCAACAAGAAAACAUGGAUAUUAGAGCUGAACAAGAAUUGGAACAGCAUAAUACCAAGAAGGAUGGUAUAAUCAAACGACAUUUAUUAGAUUGGAAACAUUCAAUUUAUAGAAAACCAGAUAAACCUGUGAACGCAUGGCAUCUUUUAACCAAUUUGAAUAAUAGACAAAGAAUCACCUUUGUAGCCGCCUUUCUUGGUUGGAUGCUUGAUGCCUUCGAUUUCUUCUCAGUGAGUCUUACAACAACUUAUAUAGCUCAAGAUUUUGGUGUGCAAGUUUCAGACGUGACUAGUGCUAUCACUACUACUUUGAUGUUACGACCUAUUGGUGCCCUUAUUUUUGGUGCACUUGCGGAUAGAUAUGGUAGACGAUGGCCAUUGAUGGUAGAUAUUAUUUUGUUUUCAUUGAUCAACAUGGCAAGUGGAUUUGCUCCUAAUCUACAGACUUUUAUUGGUUUACGUGCUGUUUUUGGUAUCUGUAUGGGAGGUGAAUGGGGUUUGGGUGCAAGUUUGGCUUUGGAAACAUUACCCAUUGAAGCAAGAGGUUUAUUCUCUGGUAUCUUUCAACAAGGUUAUGCAUGUGGAUAUCUACUUGCAACAUUAAUCAAUUAUGCCAUUCAAAGUCAAGGUGCGUCAUGGCGAAUUCUCUUUUGGGUGGGAGCUGCUUUUGCUUUACUAGCUGUCGUCAUUCGAUUCUGGGUACCUGAAUCCGAUACGUUUGAAGAAACUAAAAAAGCAAGAAAGAUGUUAAAUCGGUCUGUUUGGAAAGAAGGUUAUUUGGCAGUCAAACGACAUUGGCUACGACUUAUCUAUAUGGUCAUCUUUGCCGCAUUUUUCAAUUUCUUUUCUCAUGGUUCCCAAGAUCUAUACCCAACGUUUUUGACAACUCAACUCAACUACAGUGAAACACAAAAGACAGUGACUAGUGUGAUAUAUAAUAUUGGUGCCAUUGUUGGUGGGAUCUUGUUUGGUUAUCUAUCCAAUUAUUUGGGUCGUCGUUUUGUGGUGGUUAUUUGUGCUGUUGGCGCUGGCGCUUUCAUUGCUCUCUGGGCAUUUGGUCCUACCAUCUCUUCUCUUCAAUUUGGUUCUUUUAUGAUGCAAUUCUUUGUUCAAGGUGGUUGGGGUGUUGUACCUGCUUAUUUGAAUGAAAUUUCUCCUCCUGGUUUCCGUGGUUUGAUGCCUGGUUUGGCUUAUCAAUUAGGAAAUUUGAUUAGUGCUGCUAGUUCACAAAUUGAAGCUACAAUUGGUGAAAGAUAUCCACUUCACAAUCCUGAUGGUUCCAUCAAGUUGAAUCCCAAGACCGGAAAACCUAUUGCUAAUUAUGGAUUAACUCAAGCUAUUUUUAUGGGAUGUGUUUGUGCUGGGCUCUUGAUCACGGUUUUCUUUGGUAAAGAAGAAACAAACAAGGACUUUAUGCAACAUUUAGUGGAAGAUGAAGAAUCUCCCAAUACAGUUGGCGUUGCGGAUAUUGAAGCAAAUCAAAUGGAACAAGGUACUGGAUCUAGUACUAAUGCCAAUGAUGGUGAAGUAAAGGUGGAAAAGGAUGAAUCCAAAUAAUAGUCUAGUUUUUUUUAUUUUAGUUUAUAUUAUUAGUUAUUUUGUAUAGUUAUAUUUCUUCUUUUGUCUUAUUAUAUUUAUUCCAGAAAGUAAACAAUGUUAAUCACUCAGUAAAGGAACUUCUUGAUACUCUAUUGAAAUUUCUUAUUUCUAUAUACCAAAGAUAUAAGAGUUGGAAGAAAGUCAAGCUGUUUUGUGGACAAUAGGAUGAUAC